AUGACUCUUGUAUCAGUAGGCAGCAGGAGCUGCAACAGCAAAACCAACAAGCUGGAAAAAUCUGAAGCAGAUUCCCCCUGCUUUUGGGAACAUCCAGACCCCGACAGUUGCCGAGAUAUCAAGGAUUCGAAUGCAGAUGCUGCCGAUGGAUUGUAUUUCCUGACCAGCGAAGACGGUGAGGUCUACCAGACCUUCUGUGACAUGUCCACCCAUGGAGGGGGCUGGACUUUGGUGGCCAGCGUGCAUGAAAACAACAUCUUUGGGAAAUGCACCAUUGGGGAUCGCUGGUCCAGCCAGCAAGGCAACGAUGCCAACUACCCCGACGGAGAUGGAAACUGGUCCAGCAAUACCACCUUUGGGUCAGCCAUAGCAGCAACCAGCGAUGACUACAAGAACCCAGGCUACUAUGCUCUUCAAGCACAGGAUAUCUCCAUCUGGCACGCUCCCAACAACAGCCCCAUGAAGAGAUGGCGGGACGCUUCCAUCCUGAGAUACCACACCGAGAAAGGCUUCCUGGCCGAGGAAGGGGGCAACCUUCUCCGGCUCUACCAGAAAUACCCUGUGAAAUACAAUGCUGGUACCUGCCUAGCCAAUAAUGGCCCUGCCAUCCCUGUUGUGUAUGAUGCCGGCGAUGCCCAGAAGACUUCGGAGUAUUACUCUCCCCACGGACGGGAUAAGGGUGAAUUUACCGCUGGCUUUGUCCAGUUCCGAGUGUUUAAUAAUGAAAAGGCGGCCAUGGCGCUGUGCUCUGGAGUCAAAGUCACCGGGUGCAACACAGAACAUCACUGCAUUGGGGGCGGCGGAUAUUUCGCAGAAGCAUCCCCACACCAGUGUGGUGACUUCACAAGUUUUGACUGGGACGGCUACGGGACCCACCGUGGCUGGAGCGUUUCCAAAGCCAUGGUGGAUUCCACUGUCCUGAUCUUCUACCGCUGAUCGAGGGCCGGAGGGGCUGGACCGUGUGCCUCCACGCGCGGCUGUCACCUGAGACGGAGGUGCCUUUCCAGGAGCAGAGAAACCUACUGCAACACGCAGGGCCACAAGGCUGCAGAACAAAAAUAAAAGCACCGCGUUAAAGUUUGGCCUCUGUUUUUUCAAUAGUUAAAGGGACACGGUCUUCCAAGGUGGGUCACCUCGAGAUGAUCCCGGUGGCAUUGCUAGUGCCGACCCCAGUAGUUCCA